AGUGAAAAGAUAACUCUUUUCAGUGUUCCAGGGGUAAGUUGCUAGUGCCAGUGGGUGAAGGGGAGACCCGGCAGCACGGGAAGAUUAAAAAACAAGGAGGCCAGAGCUCUGGUGCUUGCCCCUAUCUGGCAGAGGAGGAAGGUGAUCAGCUGGUCCGAGUGGACACUGUCAGAGGAGGAGGGGAGGAUGAAGGAAGAGCCAGACCCAGCUGCUGUGGAAGCAAGAAAGGGUCCUGAUGGCACUGUGGCUGGGAGAAGAAAGGAACUGUGGGAAGGAACUGGGCAAAGCAGCCUGGGGGACGAGGACCUCCCUUCAGAUGUGCAACGCCAGCAAUUCAGGCAGUUCUGCUACCAGGAGGCCGAGGGCCCCCGGGAGGUCUGCAGCCGCCUCCACUCCCUUUGCCGCCAGUGGCUGAAGCCCGAAAGGUGCAGCAAGAGGGAGAUGCUGGACCUGGUGCUCCUGGAGCAGUUCCUGGCCGUCCUGCCCCCAGAGAUGGAGAGCUGGGUCAGGGAAUGCAGGCCGGAGAGCAGCUCCCAGGCAGUGGCCCUGGCAGAAGGCUUCCUCCUGAGCCAGGCAGAGGGCGAGAAGCAGGAGCAGCAGGUGCAGGAGAUUGCACCAGAGCGUUACUAUGGAGCAGCUUUUCCAGAUGGUGGAGCAGUCCUGGGGAUACGUUCCUUGCCACCUCUUUGGGGUAGAGGGGAAGCAGCUCCUCUGCAGCCAGAUGGUCAUCCAGUGACCUUUGAGGAGGUGUCUGUGUAUUUCACCCAGGAGGAGUGGGCUAUGCUGGAUACGGACCAAAGAGCCUUAUACAUUGAAGUCAUGCUGGAGAUUUGUGGGAAUGUGGCUGCUCUGGAGGCUGAUAGUCACCGAAACAAGUCAGAGGGAGAACCACAACAGUUUCCCUUGAAAGGGAAACAGCAGAGAAGAAACAUCGGAACAAAACGGAAGAGGGGGAAUGAAUCCUCUGCUUCUCAUGGGGCUGAAUUAAAGGACAACCCCAUAGGGCAAGGAAAGUUUAGUUGCCCUGUGUGUGGGAAAACAUUCAGUUAUAAAUCACUGUUUGAUAUGCACUGGAGAAUUCACACAGGGGAGAAACCAUAUAAAUGUCUGGAAUGUGAGAAAAGCUUCAGUCAUAACUCAAACCUGGUUCACCAUCAAAGAAUCCACUCAGGGGAGAAACCCUAUAAAUGCUUGGAAUGUGGAAAAAGCUUUAGGGUGGGCAUAUAUCUUACUUUACACCAAAGAAUACACACAGGGGAGAAACCCUAUAAAUGCUUGGAAUGUGGAAAAAGCUUCAGGGUGGCCAUGUAUCUUACUUUACACCAAAGAAUACAUACAGGUGAGAAACCCUAUAAAUGCUUGGAGUGUGGGAAGGCUUUUGCUCGGAGAGCAGACCUUACUGUCCAUCAACGGGUCCACACUGGAGAGAAACCCUAUACAUGCUCGAAGUGUGGAAAGAGCUUCAGUAACAAAUGUAACCUCGUUUCCCAUCAAAGAAUCCACACAGGAGAGAAACCCUAUCACUGCUCAGAGUGUGGAAAGAGCUUCAGUCAAAGGAGAACAGUCAUUUCCCACCAAAGACGGCAUAUGGGAGAGACCCCUGUGGAUCCUAAAAGGGCUCAGAGUGUGGAAAGACCUGCAUAUGGGUCCAGAGAUCACAAGUCUCUGAUCCAUAUAGAUUAGUAGAUGAUCAACUGAAACCUUUAAUCCAACAAAGAACACGGGCUGGGUGAAUCAUAUGAAUGUUCUCACAGAAUGUUGCCGAGUUCAUUUGGAUAGCAUGCUUAUUUUUGGUAUGAUAAAGUAAAGGUCAAUGUAGAUUUUAAAAAUCAUUACAUUAGGAGAGCCAUUCUGAGAAUUUGGAAAAAAUAUAAACUGAGAUUAACACAGAAGACACCACUUUGGAUUUCAACACAGGAAGCGUCUUACAGAAGGGAGAUGAUUUUCAAACAGGGAUGACACAAAUAAAUAAAAAUAGAAUUCUCACAAGGAGAUUGCAAAUUGAAGACAAGGGAGGGUUUAAGAGCUAAAGGGUAUAAAUGUCAAUGGUUUUCCUAUGCUCAACUUUAAGAAAGGUUCAAAUUAGAUAAAAAACUAUGGGGCUUUGAACAUGAAAAGACUUGAGUUUGAAAAAAAGCUUUGUUCAAAUGAUGAACAUGUUAUUUCUAAAAUGAAUAAGCUGUUAUUGAAAUUUGAAACAGAAGAAGAAUCUGUGAGAUGGUAUGGUAAAAUGGGCUAAAAAUUUGGGGUAUAAUAUAAUAAUGGAUCAGCGGGGAAAUAUGUGGGUAAAGGGGCUCAAAUUAACUUUGAAUGUAAUGAUGUAUCAGUGGUGUAUGUCUCCUGACAAAUCAGCUAAAAUGAGUAAAGGUAUGUUGGCAAUGUGAGAAACAAAAAGGACCAUUUUAUCAUCUUUGGUGGACUUGUAAAGCUAAAAAUUUUGGUCUCAAAUUCAUAUGAUAACACAAAAAAUGUUGAAGAUUACUAUACAGUUUAAACCAGAAGCCUUUUUGUUGGGAUUAAUGGACAAAGUUGGGAAAUCAGCAUGGCAUUUUAUUUUUACAUAUGAUUACAGCAGCUAGGCUUUUGUAUGCACAAAAAUGGAAAAGUACAGAAUUGCCUUCAAUCAAGGACUGGGUUAUGAAAAUGAGAGCGUUAGUAAAGAUGGCUAAACUUACAGCUUUGAUCAAAAACAUUGUCUACUUUUUUGGCUAACUGGAAACCCUUUAUUGGCUUUCUGUGUGAAACGAGGAACAAUUAUUUGAUUAUUUGUGGUUUUGAUUUUUAAGAAGAUAAUCUGGGAAAAAUAAAUAGAAAGGAGGCAGUAGUGGAAAAGGAAAUUU